AUGGGUAAAUUCCUGUCGAAAAUUUUCGGGAAAAAAGAGCUCCGAAUAUUGAUGCUCGGAUUGGACGCCGCCGGUAAAACCAGUAAGUUUUCUAUUGGCUUUCGUGUAUUCUUGAUGAUUUUGCUCAAAAAAACGACAAAUUUUCAGCGAUUCUGUACAAAUUGAAGCUCGGACAGUCGGUGACCACAAUUCCGACGGUCGGUUUCAACGUCGAGACGGUCACCUACAAAAAUAUAAAAUUCAACGUUUGGGUGAGCAGUUUUCUGAGUUCAAAUUCGGUUUUUUACUAAAACAAUGGUUCAGGACGUCGGCGGACAGGACAAAAUUCGGCCGCUCUGGCGACAUUACUACACAGGCACCCAGGCGCUCAUUUUUGUGAUGGACGCCGCCGAUAGAGACAGGUAAGCAAUUGGAAAAGCGGAAAAAGCUCAAAAUUUACAAAAUUUUGCAGAGUCGACGAGGCGCGGAUGGAACUGCACCGAAUUAUCAACGAUCGUGAGAUGAAGGACGCGAUUAUCCUCGUUUUUGCAAACAAACAAGAUCUGGCCGAUGGUAGGUGGCGGAAAUUUGAAUGUUUCGAGUUUCUGGGGUUUCACGGUCUCCAGAGCUGACAAUGGGCGCAAGUGCGCCCCGUCAAAUAGAGCGAUACAUUGGCGCGAAAUUCAAAUUCUAUCAGCAAAAUUUGUGUUUUUUGCCAGAAUUGCCACAAAAAACCGAUAAUUUCUCAUUUGUCUCUCGAUAGGCCGAUUGUAUAGGCUAUUACGAAUUUUUUAAGCGCAAGAGCGUUAAAUUUGGUCAAGUUUGAAGGUUUUUGGCUAAAACUGCGUGAAUUUCAGUUGCUUUUCGGUAAUUUUCGCGGUUCGAGCGCUCAAAAUGCUUGUAUUUACGUUUAUUGUUAUUAUUAAAAUCAAUUCUGUCGGAAAACGGUCAAGAAAGCGCAAAAUGAGAAGUGCGGUUUUUAGGCGGCGAAGGCGAAAAAGCGAAAUCCGCGAAAAAUGCGCGAAAACGUCAUUAAUUCUGAGAAUUAGUGUGUUUUCAUGUCAAACAAUCAUUUUUUAUCGCCGUUGACCACACAAAAAUCAGAGAAAACGUGCUCAAUUCAUGAAAACGCCAUUUGGCCGAGGCCACGCCCAUAUUGUCAGCUCUGGAAACCGUGGGUUUUUCCUUAUUUCAUUCCCGAAAAUCGAGUAGUUUCGAGAACAACAACUGAGAAAAUGACUCAAAUGCUUAUUUUGACGAAUUUCCCGCAUGUUUCCUGUGAAAUACCGAAAAACGUUGCAACUCUACCGAAACAUUCAAAAAUUUGUUUUCAGCGAUGAAACCACACGAAAUACAGGACAAACUGGGGCUGACAAGGAUUCGCGACAGGAAUUGGUACGGUUUUCGUUUGCUCAAAAUUCUCACACUAAAAGGAUUCGAAAUCAUUAAUUGUUCUCCCAUAAAUGCGCAUCUUUUGCAGGUACGUGCAGCCGUCGUGCGCGUCAACCGGAGACGGACUUCACGAAGGAUUGACGUGGCUGAGCCAGAAUUGCAAGCCAUGA